AUGAAAUCGGUGGAGGAAUUCCACCCUUACCCGUACCUUGCUGGAGCGUUGAACUGCUUCUUCUGGGUCUUCUAUGGAUCACCAAUGGUUCACCCAAACAGCAUACUUGUUGUCAUCACCAACAGCAUUGGCUUCGUGUUGGAAUUGGCCUAUCUGGCCAUGUUCUUUCACUUCUCACACAGUAAGAAACAGAGGUUAAUAGUAGUGUUUGGCUUGAUUGGAGGGGCUGUUUUCGCAGCUGGCAUAGCUCUCAUAACUUUGCUAGUCUUUCACAAUACUGACAGAAGAUCUUUGUUCGUUGGAGCCAUCUGUGUUGCCUUCAGCAUCAUUCUGUCCGCCUCUCCGUUGUCCAUUAUGAAACAAGUCAUCAAGACAAAAAGCGUCGAAUUCAUGCCGUUUUGGAUUUGUCUGGCAGGCUUCUGUAACGGCACUGUUUGGGCUGUCUAUGCUUUGCUCCCCUUAGAUCCCUUCAUCUUGACCGGCAACGGAGUUGGAGCUCUUUUGGGAUUCGUCCAGCUCUGUCUCCACAUCAAAUAUCGCAGAACUACUCCAAAGGGAGGCAGCAACGACAUGCCUGGCAAGCCAUCUGAGUUGCAGCUCCCAGUCUCACAGAACCAAGUUUCUGUUUGA